GAACUUGUGUGUUUCAAAUCAUGACCUUGAGAGUUAACAGUUGAGGCAGGCUGUUAAUUGUCGAACACUUAAUACUGCGACAGCAAAGUUUUGGAUUUCCAGAUUUUAGACCAGAUGAAGAAAGUAGACAAAAAUGAAUCAAAGCCAAAGGUUUCAGAAUAUUUGCCAAGAUGUGGUGUUACUGUUGAUUUAUAUUAUCCAGAACAAAUGUCAAUAGAUCAACUACUAGAAAUAUUUGAACGUCGAGGUUUCAAAUCUCUAGUGAGUGAAUUGCUGUGUAAUAAAUUUCCGUGUUUGGAUUUUAAGCACUCAUUCACAACUACCAUAGAAUAUUCAAGCUUUCAUUAGGUUUCAUAAACCUAAUGUAGAGGACGACUGAAACCUGCGACAAAGUACUUAAAAGCUUGGUGCUUAUUAUCAGUAUAUCACAGAGAAAGUGUCAAAGGCAAAUGAAUCCCAUGUAUUUGAAUGGGUAGCUCGUGAAUUUUUUUCAAAACUAAUCCACCAUAUACAUAUCUUAGUACUUUUCUUCAAGUCACGUUAAUUGUGAAGACUGGUGUUGUUACCCUGUCCUGUAAACUGGUGUAGAUAGAGCGGGGUUCAGACCUCCAACUUAGUGGCUGAAAGUCGAACAUCACUGUUCAUGAAUUAGAGCCGGAUCAACUCCUUGUCUAGCUUUUGCUAUCGCUGCCCAUCAGUUUAAGUAGUGAUUAUUAUCGCAUAUGCCCAAAUUUACGGUCGCUAAGAAUUAAUAUUAAUAAAGCCAACUAUUUUGUUUCCUGAUAUCAAAAUAAGUAUUAAAUGAUACCCAUUUUAAGACUAAAGUCUUAAAUUUAAGAAGUGUGAAAAAUCAAAUAUGUUCAAAAUCAUUUCAAAAAUAUUGGGAUCCUAGUCUCUUAGGAUUAUCUUUUACGCAUUAAGUGCCUCCGGUUUCACACGUUAAUGGUAUCCAAUGUAAAUACAUUAGAACAUAUUGUAAAUCUUUAUUAUGAUCAUCUUAUGCCAAAAUGUCAUCGAAAUGAAUGGAUUGAUGAAUUCAUUGAAUCUACAACUAUCCAUCCUUCUAUUGAUGAUGAUGACGGUGAUGAUAAUAAUAAUAAUAAUAAUAAGAGUAAUUUAUCAAAAGAAAAAGUGAACUUAAAUGAUAACAUCACUAAACCUAAACGAAUUAUAGAUCAUCAUUUAGAUCAUUUAAUUAUUACUUAUGAUGAAAAACGAUUUACUCCUCCUUGUUCUAUUCAAACUUUAUCAUCAAAAGAACAUCAUCAGUUCAUGUGUAAAACAUCGAAUAGUUUACAUCAAGAUAAUGAUCAUCAUAGUAUACUAUCAUCUUCUCAUUCAAUCAAUGAGAACUCUUCAAAUAAUUCUAAAUUCAAUGAUCAUUCAUUGAAAUCAAUGAAAAAACGACCUAAAAUUAAUCGUAAUUUUGAAAGCCUUACAAAUAAUAUUUAACUAUUUGUAUAUGUAAAUGAUAUUGUACUAUCUUAUCCUAUUAAAUUUAUUCUAUCUUUUACAAUG